AUGUCCCUCGCCUCUCGCGCCGCGCUUCGCACGACCAGCGCUCUCGGUAGACGCUCCGUCUCUCGAUCCACCCGCACCGUGCGCUCCGUCACGCGAUGCGACGCCACGGGCCCCGUGUGCGUCGUCACCGGUGCCUCGAGAGGGAUCGGCGCCGCGAUCGCGUUGAAACUCGGUGAAUCCGGUGCCCGCGUCGUCGUCAACUACGCCGCGUCCGAGGGUCCGGCGAACGCGGUGUGCGAACAAAUCAAAGCCGCGGGCGGGGACGCGAUCGCGGUGAAGGCGAACGUGGCGAAUCCGGAAGAGGUUGACGCGUUGUUCAAGGCGACAAUGGAUAAGUUUGGCGAGGUGAACGUCCUGGUGAACAACGCCGGGAUCACCAGAGAUACGCUGAUGAUGCGAAUGAAGCUGCAACAGUGGCAGGAGGUUAUCGAUUUGAACCUCACGGGGGUUUUCCUGUGCACGCAGGCGGCGACGAAGCUCAUGGGGAAGAAGAAGCCGGUGAGCGGACGGAUCGUGAACAUUACCUCCGUGGUGGGGGUGACGGGGAACGCCGGUCAGGUGAACUACUCCGCGGCCAAGGCGGGGGUGAUCGGUCUCACCAAGACGGUGGCGCGUGAAUACGCCGGACGUAACAUUCAGUGCAACGCCAUCGCGCCGGGUUUCAUCGCUUCAGAUAUGACGGCGGUUCUCGGCGAGGAGCUCGAAAAGAAGAUUCUCACGACAAUCCCGGCGGGCCGAUACGGUCAACCGGAAGAGAUCGCCGGUAUGGUCAAGUUCUUGGCGAUGGAUCCGGCGGCGGCGUACAUCACCGGCCAGACGAUCCACGUCGACGGUGGCAUGGUCAUGUAA